AUGGACCAAGGGGCAGAGCCUUCAUGGCUAGCUGCGCGACAGAACGCUGGCGGAGGCGCCGAUAAAGAUGCUGGCCAGGAGCUUCUCAAGCUCCUCAAGAAUCCCUUUGCUAAUCAGCUGCAAGGAGCGUCCAUAUACUCCGCGUUUGCCAUCUCGCUUGGCUUCACAGCAGCAUCGACCAUCUUCUUCUCCCUCCUCCGACCCUAUCACCAGGCCUUGUACGCCCCGAAGCUCAAACAUGCCGACGACAAGCACGCCCCGCCGCCCCUGGGCAAGUCGCCCUGGGCGUGGUUCACCCCAUUGUGGAAGACGAGCGAGCAGAAUUUGGUGACCCUGAUUGGCAUGGACGCCACCGUCUUUCUGCGCUUCGUCCGCAUGUGUCGCAACAUGUUCCUCACGCUCGCGCUCGUGGCUAUCUGCAUUCUCGUGCCUGUCAACAUGACGCACUAUGAAGAGUCCAUCACCACGCCCGACACUCAGUGGUUCAGCAAAAUCACGCCCGAGUAUGUCUGGGGCGACGCCAACUGGGCGCAAGUCAUUGUGGCGUACCUGUUCAACAUCAUCAUCGCCGUCUAUCUGUGGUGGAACUAUCGCAAGAUCACCCAGCUGCGCAGGACCUAUUUCGAGAGCGAGGAGUAUCAGAGCAGCUUGCACGCCCGCACGCUCAUGCUGUUCGACAUUCCGAAACAAGGACGGUCGGACGAAGGCAUCGCCCGUAUGAUUGACGAGAUUGUGCCCAACUCAUCCUUUGCGCGAACAGCUGUGGCCCGAAACGUGAAGUAUUUGCCCGAUCUAAUCAAUCAGCACGACAAUGCCGUGCGCAAGCUCGAGAAGAUCCUCGCCAAGUACCUCAAGGACCCGAACCAGCUGCCCCCUGGACGACCGACAUGCAGACCGUCCAAGAAGGACCGCUCCUACGGCUCUUACCCACCCAAGCAGCGCAUCGAUGCCAUCGAGUAUUAUACCCAGCGCAUUCGCGCGCUCGAGGUGGAGAUCAAGGAGGUCCGCGCCAGCGUGGACAAGCGUGGCUCCAUUGCGUACGGUUUUGCCAGUUACACCGACAUUGUCGAGGCGCACAACAUUGCCUAUGCCUGCCGCAAAAAGAAGCCGCAUGGCGCGACCGUUCGCUUGGCCCCGCGUCCCAACGACAUCAUCUGGGCCAAUAUGCCACUCACCAAGGCCGCCAGGAGUAGGAAGAGCUGGAUCAACGCGCUUUGGGUUACACUCCUGACCUUUUUCUGGAUCGCACCCAAUGCCAUGAUUGCGAUCUUCUUGGUCAACUUGGGUAACCUGGGCAACUUCUGGGACGACUUUCAAAGAUCGUUGGAAAGCAAUACAGCCGUGUGGGGUAUUGUGCAGGGUAUUGCCUCUCCUGCUAUCAUGUCACUCGUUUAUCUUGUUCUGCCCAUGAUCUUCCGCAAGCUGGCCAUCAAGGCGGGCGACAAGACCAAGACCGGACGCGAGAGGCAUGUGCUGGCCAAGCUCUUUUCAUUCUUUGUCUUCAACAACUUGAUUGUGUUCACGCUCUUUAGUGUGAUCUGGACGUUUGUCGCCGGCGUGGUGGACAGCACGACCAAGAGCAAGACGGAUGCCUGGGAGGCGAUCAAGAAACAGAACAUCAUGGACGGUAUAUUUUUGUCUCUGUGCAACAAUAGUCCCUUCUGGGUGACGUACCUGCUGCAGCGCCAGCUCGGUGCCGCUGUGGAUCUGGCGCAACUCUGGCCCCUGAUCUAUGCCUUUUUCCAGAGGAAGUUUUCAAACCCGACGCCUCGCGAGCUGAUUGAGUGGACGGCACCGCCACCGUUCGAGUACGCCAGUUACUACAACUAUUUCCUGUUCUACGCGACCGUCACGCUCUGCUACGCGGGUAUCCAGCCGCUGGUCCUGCCGGCGACAGCGCUGUACUUUGCGAUCGACUACUACCUGAAGAAGUACCUCAUCUUGUACCGCUUCGUUACCAAGACCGAAUCGGGCGGUGUGUUCUGGCGCGUGCUGUUCAACCGUUUCAUCUUCGCCGUCAUGCUGUCGAACCUGGUCGUCCUGCUGAUUCUCUGGAACCGCGGUGACGGCCAGAUGUACCAGUUUUACUCCGUGUGCCCCCUGCCGAUCCUCAUGUUUGGCUUCAAAUUCUACUGCAAGAACGUGUUCGAUGCGCGGAUGCACUACUACUCGACGCGCAACGUGGCCAAGAACCCCGAGGCCGGCUUGCAGAAGGAAGACCGCCAACGCAGCGAGCGUCUGGCCAGUCGCUUUGGCCACCCAGCCCUGUACAAGAAGCUCAUCACGCCCAUGGUGCACCAGAAGGCGCAGAAUCUGCUUCCCUCUGUCUAUAGCGGUCGCCUGACCGACGGUCGCGAGGGCGGUGCGGACGAUCUUGCGAGCGUCAGUGGAUACUCGGACAUGUACGCCCUGAACAAGAUGCAGGGUGGCAAGCCGGGCAAAUCGGCAGGCAUGGCUGGUUUCGAGUUCGUGUCGGAGAACCAGAUGGACUUUGAGUACUACAAGAACCGCGCCGAAUUCGCAGAGGACCACGGCGGCGGCGAAAUGUACGGGCGACCGACCACGCCGGGUUCCGAGUCUGGUCGGUCGUCGCCGUUCGGGCCCAGCAGGACGAACACUGGCUUCUCGGACACAGCCUAUCAGUCGUACCGUCCCGGUGCCAAUGGGCGAGGCUUCACGCCGCCACCUACGCUGCCAGAGACGAGCGUCAUGGGCGCGCAGAACACAAUGUACUCGCAGGACAAUGGGUCGUCAUCUGGCCUAGUGUACAACGCGCAGGCGCCGCCCAUGGCCCCAGCCCACCGUCGCGACGAGUCCCUAGACAGGAGCGGGCUGGUGACGCCAGCGUCGAGAAGCCACAGUCCUGGACCCUCGAUGGGCGCCCUCGGCGGUGGACCGCACGGGUACAGCAAUCUGGCGCAGACAGAGUAUCCCGAGGCGAGUCCCGCCAACGAGGACCCAGCUGCGUACGACUAUUUCAGGGCGGGCAGGCGCACGAGCAGGCUUCGUCCUGGGCAAGGCUGGUGA